GACACCGAACAGAAAUAAUAAUAAAACAAGUCGGAAUGCGACAAUUAAAUCCGGUGGAGAAUGCGAAGACUCGGCUGCUAUUAGCGACGAUCAAGUGAGUACAGAGACAUCUGAAGGUUUUAUAGGAGUCCAGCGUACGCGGAUUCGCACAAAGCGUUUUUUCCUAAGUGGAAUUACGGGGAACGUAACUUCUGAGACUAUUUCGGAUUAUUUAUCUGGUAGAGGAAUUUCCCCGACGUUACUACGAGUUUUCCCGAGUCGACGUAAAGGCACAGUUUCCGCUAAAGUUAAUGUACGCGUUGCUGAUGUCGAAACGAUUAUCAGAGAUAACUUUUGGCAAAAAUUUGUUGUAUGCAAACCUUGGAUAUCAAAAGAGAAAUUUCAUCUGAAAAAGAACAAUGUCGAGAACUAUGAACAACACUAGCAACAAAAAUAUGUUAAGUUGCUGUUUAAUGAAUGCAAGAUCAUUGUGUAACAAGUUAAUUGAGUUUCAGGCUCUGGUUUUUGGGAAUGAUCUCGAUUUUAUUGCUGUAACAUAAACGUGGCUUAAGCCUGAUAUUAAAGAUUGCGAAAUACUACCUGCCAAUCACUAUACAGUCUAUAGGCGGGAUCGUAGUGACGGACGUCGCGGUGGAGGGGUUCUUUUAGCUGCUAAAUCUAGUAUUUUGAGUUUCAGAAGAGAUGAAAUUGAACCUGAUGCCGAGAUUCUUGUUUGUAACUUAUUGCCAAAAGAUGCAAAGAAACUAACUAUUUGUGUAUGUUAUCGGCCUCCAGACUAUGACUUUAUUGAACCGUUUACUUCUUUAUUGGCCAAGGUUAAUCCUGAUGAUAACUCCCGUCUAUAUAUCCUUGGUGAUUUUAAUUUCCCUUAUAUUAACUGGGGUACAGUUUCUGAUACACAAGACUCUGGAAGUGCAAAUGAUUUUUGCGAUUUGGUAAACAACUACUUUUUAACCCAAGUAGUAGAUGCACCAACUAGAUAUUCUGGUCAACAAAAUAACGUGGGGUCUAUUCUGGAUUUAAUUUUAUGCAAUUUCCCUGAUAAUGUAUCAGAACUGAGAAUUGAGUCGGAUAUUUUUGAGUCCGAUCAUUUGGUUGUUAAUUUUUGCAUUGAAGCUAAAGUCAAGCGUCAAAAGAAAACAAAACGUACUGUUUAUAAUUUUCAUAAUGCAAAUUUUUAUGGUAUGAGGCAAUCUUUAGGCUUCAUUGAUUGGGACAACGUUUUGCUGGAUAACGAAGAUGUCAACGAAAGUUGUGAAAAAUGGCAACAAGUUUUUACAUCAAUUGCUGAUCAAUAUGUAGCAAAGGUACGCGUUCGCGACAUCCACCAGCCGCCUUGGUUAGACAGAGAAAUCGUUCAUUUAUUGCGUAAGAAGAAUAAUCUUAGGCGCAAGGCUAAAGUCCGUGACAGUGCUAACUUGUGGUCACGUUUUCGCCGCUUGCGUGCUGAUAUAAAGAAACUUAUCAAGUACAAAAAGAAAGUUUAUAUUACCAAUUUGGGUCAAUCACUUAAAGAUAAUCCGAAACGAUUUUGGUCGUACUACAAAGUCAUCAACAAAUCUAGCAGAAUACCUAACGUUGUUUCUCAUCAUGACAUCUCAGCGAGUGAGCCACGUUUUAAGGCGAAUUUAUUUAAUAAAUAUUUUCAUUCCGUAUUUAAUACCCCAGUUGCUGGUGAAUUUGUUGUACCUCUGCCUACUCUGAGCUAUACCACACAUGGUGUAUUAUCUGAUAUUGUCAUUGAGAGGGAUUUCGUCAACAAAGCUCUUCGGUAUCUUGACGUAAACAAGGCUAGCUUUGGUAUCCCUUCACGGCUUCUUAAAGAAUGCUCUGAAGAAAUUACUGUACCUGUAACUACUUUAUUCAACAAGUCACUUAGUACUGGUGUUUUUCCAAAUCAGUGGAAAGAUGCUAAUCUUGUCCCGAUACAUAAGGCUGAACGAAAGUCAAUUGUCUCUAACUAUAGAGGAAUUUCGUUGCUCGAUCAACUGUCAAAAGUCCUUGAGAAAGGUGUUUUUGGUAGAUUGUUUGACUUUGUUUCACCAAAGCUAACCCCUUGGCAACAUGGCUUCUUUCCUGGCCGUUCCACCGUUACCCAGCUACUUCAAGUAGUUCAUUUACUUUCUAGCGCCCUUGACAAAAAGAAACAGGUUGACUUAGUUUAUUUGGAUUUUUCGAAGGCGUUUGAUAGAGUACCACAUGAUAAACUUCUCCACAAGCUCCAUGCUAUUGGGAUUCGGGAUCCAUUACUGUCAUGGUUCCGCAGUUACCUUUCAUACAGACGUCACCGUGUUGUCCUUGAUGGUCAUACUUCAGAGUGGCUUCCAAUGACAUCAGGAGUGCCCCAGGGAUCGGUCUUGGGACCGCUCCUUUUUGUAAUAUAUAUAAACGAUAUGCCAGAUGUUAUUAAUGAUGGAACAUACUUACCCCCUUUUGCCGAUGAUUCCAAAUGCUUCCGAUUUAUUUUUGGGAGUGCAGACCAGAAUAAACUACAAGCAGAUCUUGAUGCUCUAUAUGACUGGUCCAUUACUUGGGGAAUGAACUUUAAUAUAAGCAAAUGUAAAAUUUUGAGAGUGCCUGUACUCAUACUGUUUUCGAUCGAGAGUACACUACAGGGGGCGAAUCUCUUAACAUCGUAUAAUCCGAAAAAGAUCUAGGAGUUUGGCUACACAGUAAUCUUGGUUGGAACGACCACGAUGAUAACAUUGCUGCCAAAGCACAAAAAAUGUUGGGACUUCUAUACCGUUCAACAAGAGAAAUGGAUGACCCUUGUGUGAAACGUUUACUAUACAUAACGUGGGUUAGAUCAACAAUGGAAUAUGCCAGCCAAGUAUGGUCACCGUACAAGAAACGCAACAUUACCAAACUUGAACAAGUUCAGCGACGAGCUUCGCGUAUUAUUCUCAGUAAUAACAUUGAAUACAAGGACAGGUUAAUAAAACUUCAUUUAUUGCCACUAUGUAUGCGUAGAGAGGUAGCAGAUUUGGUGUUUUGCUUUAAAGCAAUACAUGGUCAAGUACAAAUAUCUUCGGAUUUAUUUGCGUGGUCUGUUACUGGUCGGUGCCUACAAACUACCGAUGAUCUCAAGUUGGCUGUUCCCAUACUGAUGUUUUUAAACAUUCAUAUUUUGUUAGAAUUACAAGAUUAUGGAAUUCUUUGCCAUAUACA